GUGACUGCCGAUUAUUAAUCUGCCUGCCUGCCUACAGAACGAAUCAAUUGUAACUCAAACCAAUACUACCUUACCCUAGUUAAACAGUCGAUUUGUCUUGAAUGUUGUACAUAGUUGCAAAGCGGAUUCCGCUUAAGGAAAACCUACACGGAGAAAAUAACUACAUUGGAAAACUUCAGAUACAAUCCUAAACUACAGCUAUCAAGAUGAGAACCAGAAGAAAGUCCGUCUCAACUAAUAAUGGCGACAAUCUACGAUCGCUGCAUGUCGUCAUCCUUGGACAAGAUGGUGUUGGAAAAUCCGCUCUAACAGUAAGAUUGCUGACAAAGCGUUUUAUUGGUGAAUACGACCGAACUCUAGAGUCAGCCUACAGACACAUCUUCGAAUACGAUGCAGAACAAGUCCCAUUAGACGUACUUGAUACUGCUGGGAGAAAUACCAAAAGAAAGCUUGAAAUAUGUGCAGAGAGUAGCGACAUCUUCGUCGUCUUGUACUCAAUCACGGACAGGAAAAGCUUUGUCGAGGCUUCAAGAAUUGGUAAACUUAUUCGUCGAACAACAAAUGUCUCGAACACAGGAAUGCUGUUAGUGGGAACCAAAACAGACCUUGAACAUUUGCGGGAAGUCAAACGAAGGGAAGGAGAAAACUUAGCCAGACAAAUGAACUGCGGAUUUUACGAAAUUUCGAUCUCGGAGAGUUCAACAGACACUAUGAAUAUGUUUGCCGACGCGUUAAAAAAGUAUUUGGAGGCGCACCCAGGAGCACUAGACCCGCACGCAGGAUUGUCUCCGAGCCUUGCAGCAAGCGGUUCGAGAGGGAGUUCUAAUAGUUUGGCUGGAAAAGAAAAAUUGCCGAAAACCCCGCUGUCAAUCAUGAAUGGAAUUAGAACUACAUUUGGGAGAAGAAAAUCAAUUCCUUUCAUUUGAGCAGUGAAGGUUCCGGUCUUAGAAAAUUUUUGCCGAAGGAUCAUUAGAUUUAGAAGGAGUUAGGAAGAAAGUACUGAUGAACGAGAUCGAAAAAGUUGAAGAUAUGCCGCAAUGCCGCAAAGUGUAUAUGCAAAAACAAAGCACUGAACGGAUUAACCGCGAAUAAUUACGAUGCCUUCGCAGCCAACCACAACACUUUGCGCAAAUAACCACAAUACAUUGCCAAGUAACCACAAUACUUUGCGCAAGUAUCCAUAAUACUUUGCGCAAGUAACCACAAUACUUUGCGCAUACAACCACAAUACUUUGCGCAAGUAACCACAAUACUUUGCGCAAGUAACCACAAUACUUUGCGCAAGUAUCCAUAAUACUUUGCUCAUACAACGACAAUGCUUUGCGCGAGUAUACACAAUGCUUUGCGCCAUUAAAAGAUUUUUAGUACUUUA